CAGCACCAGCCCUUCGGAGCGCCGCGCAGGGUCAGCGGAGCUCUAGCCGAGAUUGAGCGAUCAUCGCGAUGGGCUCCAAGCGAGCGCUGGUGAUUUUGGCCAAAGGGGCGGAAGAAAUGGAAACGGUCAUCCCGACGGAUCUCAUGCGCAGAGCAGGAAUUUCUGUGAUGGUAGCGGGAUUGUCUGGGAAGGAGCCUGUCCAGUGCAGCCGCGAUGUCGUGAUUUGUCCCAAUACGAGUUUGGAAGAAGCCAAGAAGAAGGGGCCUUAUGAUGUGGUGGUCCUGCCAGGGGGCAACCUGGGAGCUCAGAACUUGUCAGAUUCCCCCCUGGUGAAAGAGGUGCUGAAGGAUCAGGAGAGCAGGAAGGGCCUCAUUGCAGCCAUAUGCGCAGGUCCCACAGCUCUCCUCGCCCACAGAAUCAGCUUUGGAAGCAAAGUGACCACUCACCCCUUGGCCAAAGACAAGAUGAUGAGUGGAGAUCACUACAAAUACUCAGAGAAUCGGGUGGAAAAAGAUGGGCACAUCAUGACGAGCCGCGGAACGGGCACCAGUUUCGAAUUUGGCCUGGUGAUCGUGGAAACGCUGCUGGGGAAGGAAGUGGCCACCCAGACGAAGGCGCCUCUCGUCCUUAAGGACUAGGAGCAUGACACACCCAGAAAGCCUCUCCGGUUUCAUUUUUUACGACCAGGAGUUUUGGGGUUUUUUCCCUCAAUGGGCAAACCGUCAAAGGACCGGAGUACGGCUCUCCUUGUGG